AUGCUGGUGGUGCUUCUUUACGUGGAUGACAUAAUCUUGACGAGCAAUAACUAUGAUGAUGUUGUUCGUCUACAAGAUGAGCUCUCACUUCGCUUUGAGAUGGAGAAGCUUGGUGAACGAACUUUCCUUGGUCUACAAAUUGAAAAUUCGAUAAAGUCGAGACGAAGGAACAUGUCUACUAGAUCCUCGUCCGUAUCGUGCUCUUGUGGGAUGUCUAUUUAUCUAACUAUAACAAGGCCUGACAUUGCUUAUGCAGUUAGAGUGGUGAGUCGAUACAUGCAUGAGCCAAGGAAACCACACCUCGAGGAAGCGAAGAAAAUUCUGAAGUAUAUUAAUACCUCACUAGAUAUUGGUCUACUCUACAAAAAAGAUGCAAAAUUUGUCUUGCAAGGAUUUGAGGAUGCUGACUUUGCUGGAGAUCGAAACGAUUGA